UCUACGCAUACUGGGCCGCAUGCUGAGUAUGUUAGCAAUUAGCAUAUACUUGUGCCUCGACCAGCCGAGCCUACAGACGACAUCGGGCGGACUGUUUGCCGCGUCGCCGCGCCAGAGCGCGCCGGGCUUGCUACGUCAGCGCAAGGGGCCGGCGCGCGCGCAACGCGCCGGCUGGACCCCCCGUGGAAAUGCGAUCGGGGAAGGCUCGGACUACCCUAACACGGACAGCAGCCCCGUAAUCGCAUUAUCUUCUUACUAUCUUCUGUCGAUCUUCUGCACAACUUCAGCGCAUUCGCCGCAUUCUGUCAAUAAUCGCGUCCGUACUGCCACCAUAUUUCACUCUAGUAUGUAGACAGAGUUAUGAGAAUCUC